AUGGGGUUGCCAUCGCUGCGACGGGCCAACGCUUUAAAGCAAACCUUUGUUGUCCCUGCUGAUGGCAUUGGUUCCAAGCCUCACGAGCUUAUACUUGGUGCACCAGUCAGAGCGGUCAGCACUGGGUACACCGUCUAUCGUGCAGCCAUGUCCCCAAAACAAUUUAAGAACGCUCCCUGGCUCAAGGAAACACUCCUGGAAGCCGCCCGACGUCCACAAGGAAGGUUUUAUGCCGCAGAAAAUCAACACAUUGUCUUGGUUGUGUCCCCCCGCCUAAUAUCAUUUGCUUUGACUUUACCAGAUGCCGGCGAUAGCGCCCAUAGCUUCAUUCCCACCUCUAUGAAUGGUGGUACAAUGGCCCUUGAAGACGCAAUGUCACUAGCCGAAUGUCUCAGGUUGGGUGGUGCCAACGGUUACAAGAAGGCAGUCAAAGUUCACAAGCUAUUAAGGUUCUAUACCAAAGGAAAAUGGCUAUGGACACAUAAUGCAGAACGAUACGCAACGGACAACUUUUAUCGCGCCAAAGAUCACCUGGAGAUUGGAACACCAUUUUCUAACACAAAUCUACCUCCUGGACACAAGCCCGAGUCUUGGACUCUGACGGAGCAGAUGGAAAAAGAAAAAGCAGGCUUGGUUGAAGAUUUGACCUCUAAUGGCGACUGGAGCCUAUAG